AUGAAACCCAAAAUUAAAACCUCACGAUUCUACUCGGAGUGGAGAGGCCACCCUAUUCCAGACGUUACCGCUUUCCAAUCUACCAUUCUCGCUUUGAGGCCGAAUAAACCCAUCCUAUACCUAGCCGGUGACUCUUCUUUCGACAAUAAAUAUUGGAUUCCGUCAAGUCGGUCGUUCGGCAAGCCGCUAGCUGUCGACGUGCCCGAGAUAUAUCAGGCAGCUAUUGAUGAACCCUUUCCGAAGCCUGAUAUCGCCUUCUGGUUGAAUCAUUUCCUCGGCAACCGCGCGACAGCACUCAAUCUAGCAGUUGAAGCAUCUACUUUAAAGGAACGAGAAAAUACCAUAUUGGAGCACGAUAAAUUCAUCAGAGACAACAUUCGCUCCGAAGACAUUCUCAUUGUGUCAAUCGGUGCGAAUGAUAUUGCGUUGAAACCGACGUUUGCGACGAUUUGCCAUAUGUUACAUCUUGCAUGGCUUACUCCACGGUCAUCUAUCGAGAAAGGAACAGCAUGGUCUCUCAAUUAUUUUAUCAAAAUGUUUAGAGAUCAGGUUCAAGCAUACAUUUCACGUGUGAUAGAAAAGCGCAAACCCCGAGCGGUGAUAGUUUGCAUGAUUUACUUUCCUCUGGAAGCUGGGCCCCAGAAAAGUUGGGCGGAUGUUCAGUUGAAGUUGUUAGGUUACAACAGUUUUCCUGCACAGUUGCAGACCGCUAUUAGAAAGAUGUUCGAGUUGGCGACGACCAACAUUCAUAUUCCAGAAGUAACCGUGGUGCCUUGCCCACUUUUCGACGUUCUGGAUGGGAAGAAUGAGAAGGAUUAUACGGAUCGAGUUGAGCCGAGUGCAGAGGGAGGCCGAAAGAUUGCUGUUCAGUUGACGGAAAUUAUUGACUCGUUGAUUCUAACCGAAGAAGAGCGAGAAUGA